CCCGCCCGCUGGCGCCGGCACCGGCUGCGUCCUCCGCGUCACCGGCUCCCCGCGGUGACCACAACAUGGCUGCGGCGCCGGGGCUGCCCUUGUGGCUGCUUCUGCUUGGGAUGCCCUGGCGGGUACCGGGCCAUCCGGAGCCUGACAUGGACCGGCGCUUCUCGGAACACAAACUCUGCGGCGACGCCGAUUGCAGCAUGUUAAUGCACCGGGGUGAGGCUCUACAAGAUUUCACAGGCCCGGACUGUCGUUUUGUGAAUUUUAAAAAAGGCGACAAUGUCUAUGUCUACUACAAACUGGCAGGGAAAUCACCUGAAGUUUGGGCUGGAAGUGUUGGACGUAUUUUUGGAUAUUUUCCAAAGGCUUUAAUCAAGGUAGCCCAUACAUACACUAAACAAGAGCUACAAGUUCCAGCAGAUGAGACAGAUUUUGUUUGCUUCGAUGGGGGAAGAGAUGAUUUUGAUAACUAUAAUUUAGAAGAACUUCUAGGAUUUUUGGCAUCAAACAAUUUUGCAAACGGAGAUUCUAAGAAAACUAUAGAAAAAACAUCUCAGCAUGUGGAAAAACCUCCUGGAGUAUCUGAGGAAAGGGACCCUGCGCCUGACUCGGACCAGGCCACCGCGGAGGGGAGACACAGCAGUUUCCCGGGAAACGCUGAGGCGCAGGAGGAGAGCUAUGGGGCUCAGGAGACCCGCCCCCAUGCAAGUGGUCACACGGAUCACUCGCAGGGGGAGCAGCCUUCGCUUGAAUCAUUUGAAGAACUGCUUCAAGAUAAAUUAAAAGUGCAGGACAGUGAAAACAACAAAACCAGCAAUACUUCUCACAUCUCAAAUGACCAGGAGAAAGUGGAUGCUUAUAAACUUUUGAAAAAAGAAAUGACUCUGGACUUGAAAACCAAAUUUGGCUCAACUGCCGAUGCACUUGUGUCUGAUGAUGAGACAACCAGACUUGUUACUUCAUUAGAAGACGAUUUUGAUGAGGACUUAGAUGCUGAGUAUUAUGUAAUUGGGAAGGAAGAAGAGGAAGAGGAUCAGGAAAACUUUGAUGAGAUACCUUUACUAACCUAUACAGAUGAAGAAGACUCGAAAAUGCCGGCAACAUCUGAGGUUGGGAAAUACUCAACUGACAAAGAGCAGAAUUCAAGUGAAGAGGACAAAGUGGAGGUAACUCAGCCCCUGCACAUCAAAAAUGAUGGAGAAGAUCCAACAGCCUGGGAGGACACUGCCGUCUCCACUGUCACAGAAGGCGAGGAACAAACAGGUAUGGAUUUUGAGAGUUACAAUUCAGAAGAAGAACAGGAAGGCGAUGAUGGAUUAGUUCCAGACAGCAAAUGGGGGAAACCACAAUUACCAACAGAUUAUACGGACUCUAAAAAGGCAGAAGGUGGUCUUCCUGUUGUAGAAGUUCUUAAAACCAAUAAUGAGAGAGACCCAGAAAUGGACCCAGAGCUUCACGAUAAAGGAAGCGGGAGGACAGCUGAGGAAUCUGAGAGGAACCUGGUGCAGGCUAAGAAAGGGUUAGAGGAUGAGAAGAAAGAAGACAGGACUCUGCACAGCCCGACUCAGAGCAGCAACCUGAACUUGUUGGUAGCAACUGAAAAGGGCAAAGAAACAUUAAAAUCGGUCUUUGGUAACAAAGAACAGGAUCCUAAAAGAGCAGCUGUUCCUAUCCCGAAAGGAAUGGUCCAGGAGGAGGAGCCUGGAGAGCCGAUUUUGGAAGGUGACUCAGAGAGUGGAUGGGAGCAUAAGGCUGCAGGGAAUCAGGUGAAGGAUGAAAACAUUAAACAGGAAGCCAGGGAUGGCGCUCUGCUCUUGGGAGAGGAUCAGCAUAAUGCAUCUAAAGACGGAAUGGAGGAGGAAGUAGAUAUUUUAGUAAACGGAUCAAAACCACACACAGCUUCAGUGGAGCAUCUAAGUGAGGAAUUUAAAGAGGAACAGCUUCUUAAGACUCAAAAUCAACCCCGGUUCUCCUCUCCUGAUGAAAUUGGUUUGUCAACAGGGCUGGAAGACGAGGGUCCCGUUCUGGGGAGAAAUCUGUCCUGGCAACAAGAACAAGAUGUGGCUGCUGUAGUGAGCCCGCCCGUGAACGAGAAGACGAGGCUGUCCUCAGAAGAGGUCACAGGAGACGCUGUGGGCAGGGAGUCUGUCCGUCCGAAGCCGGACACUCCAGGAGCAGAAACAGUGGGCCAGCCGGGCAGCGCAGAAGGGCCAGGUCCCCGCACCGAGAAACCAGAGGCAGACGAUGCUGACGACGCCCCCGAGGAACUACUGGAGGACGAAAAUGCCGCAAGUGCACAGCAGUCCAGAGGGAACAGCCCUGAGAGGCAGGACAGGCAGUUUGAGGUUCCUCCUCAAGUCCCCGAAAGAGGGGUUUUAGGUGCCGUGAAUACUGAAGCAGAAACGGAAGCCAACAAAGAAGCAGCUAGGAAUAUUUGGGAAACUGAUAGGAAAAAUGAGACUGUGGGCAAAGAGGUAGGCACGCCAGGCAAGGAACCUGGUGGUCUGGGGGCAGUAAAGGAAGGAAGCCCUGCUGCAGAUAAGGAAGCACAGAGACCACCUGAAGGGAGCGACUUCCCUGGUGAGAAAACGCACCAGACUCCGGAGCCAGAAGUGUUUCAGAAUAGCGCUUCCGCUUCUGCUACCGAGGGCAACCCCGAGGACCCCCUGAAGACCUCGGGGCUGGCGGAGACGCCGGGGGUGGGACUCUCACAAGAGGACCGGGAGGACGGAGAGAAGCUCACGGACACACAGAGCCGGGGGGCCGCCCCUGAGGAGCGUGACGGCCAUGCGUCCCACCAGGCUGCAGGCACAGAGGCGGAGCCGGAGCACAGCAGCCACUUCGCCCACUUGCCCUUCAUAAGCAGCUUCUUUAAGGAGCAGCAGUCGUUGCAGCGGUUCCAGAAGUACUUUGAUGCCCACGAGCUGGAGGCCAUGUUCCAAGAAAUGUCGUCAGCGCUGAAGUCCGCGCAGCAGGAGAGCCCGCCCUACAGCGUGGAAAAAGCCCUGGACAAGGUCUUCCGCACGUCGGAGUCACGGAUUCUGAGUGCGGCGGAGGAAAUGCUGGACGCUCGCGUGACCGAGCUCCGGGCUGCGGGAAUGGAGGAAGACGUAUUUGAGGAGGCCGCAGUGCUGGAUGAUGUGCAAGACCUGAUCUAUUCCGUCAGGUACAGACACUCCACGGGGCGGAGCGCGGGACCGCUGGCAGUGGCGCCGCCUGCAGAGCAAGGCUGGGAUGGACCCGCGGAAGAGGUACAGCCACCCCUGGAAGAUGAUCCCUCCCAAGAGAACAUAGAAGAUCUUGAAAUGCAGAUUCCUGAAGAGCCCGGCCACCUGGAUCAGCCCGUGACGAGUAACAUGGGUACCUCAGAAGCGUCACAGGAGCCGAAUACUGAGAAGGAUGUCCACCCAGGGCUGUUUGUGACGGAGAGCACUGAUGACAACGACGUUGACGAAGAGGAGGAACUGGAACCGUCUGAUGAAGAGCCCGUGGAAAACGCACUUCUCUUCCUGCAGUCGCUCGUGUCCUACGUAACCAGGACGCUACUUUCCACAUUGCCUGGUGAUGGGCAGUCUGCACCUGACUUCUAUGGGCUGCCAUGGAAACCGGUCCUUAUCACUGCCUUCUUGGGAAUCGUUUCAUUUGUCAUUUUCUUCUGGAGAACCAUCCUUGCUGUGAAGAGUCACGUGUACCAAGUCACUGAACAGCAAAUUUCUGAGAAGUUAAAGAAUCUCAAGAAAGAAAAUGCAGACCUUGUACAAAAAUUAUCGAAUUAUGAACAGAAGAUCAAGGAAUCAAAGAAAUAUGUCCAAGAAACCAAGAAGCAAAAUAUGAUUCUCUCUGAUGAAGCAAUUAAAUAUAAGGAUAAAAUCAAGGAACUUGAAGAAGCUAAGGAAAGUCUGAAUGAUAAAGCUAAAAAUCUGCGUCUUAUGUUAGAAUCUGAGAGAGAGCAGAAUGCCAAGAACGAGGACCUGAUACUGGAGAACAAGCGAUCUCUGGACAAGUUAAAGGACGUCAUUGCCAUGAAUGCCUCAGAACUUUCCGAGGUUCAAAUCGCCCUGAAUGAAGCUAAACUUAGUGAAGAGAAAGUGAAGUCUGAAUGCCAUCGGGUUCAAGAAGAAAAUGCUAAGCUGAAGAAGAAGAAAGACCAGUUGCAGCAGGAGAUCAAAGACGUGAAAAAAGCAUACACUGAGCUCAAUGAGCAAAUCAAAUCAUUUGAGAAGUCUCAGAAAGAUUUGGAAGUAGUGCUCACUCAAAAAGAGGAUAACAUCCAUGCUUUGAGUAAUUGCAUCACACAGUUGAAUUGGUUAGACUGUGAAUCUGAAUCUGAGCGUCAAAAUAAAACAGGAAAUGAGUCGGAUGAAUUAGCAAAUGGGGAAGUGGGAGGAGACCGAAGCGAGAAGAUGAAAAGUCAAAUUAAGCAGAUGAUGGACGUGUCUCGGACACAAACAGAAAUAUCCGUCCUUGAAGAGGAUCUGAAACUUUUACAGUUGAAGCUGAGAGCCUCGAUAUCCUCAAAAUGCAACCUGGAAGACCGAGUGAAGAAGCUAGAAGACGACCGCAGCUCACUGCAGUCCGCCAAAGCUGGCCUGGAAGACGAGAACAAGACCCUGAAGCAGAAGGUGGAGAUUCUGAACGAGCUCUAUCAGCAGAAGGAGAUGGCUUUGCAAAAGAAGCUGAGUCAGGAGGAGUUCGAGCGGCGCGAAAGGGAGCAGCGGCUCUCGGCUGCGGAUGAAAAGGCGGUUUCCGCGGCCGAAGAAAUAAAGACCUACAAGUGGAGGAUCGAGGAGCUGGAGAACGAGCUGCAGAAAACCGAGCGCUCCUUCAAGGACCAGCUUGCUGCUAAUGAGAAGAAAGCUCACGAUAACUGGCUGAAAGCCCGUGCUGCAGAAAGAGCCAUGGCUGAAGAGAGGCGGGAAGCAGCCAACUUGAGACACAAAUUAUUAGAAUUAAACCAAAAGGUGGCAAUGCUGCAACGAGAACCUGUGAUUGUCAAACCGAUGCCCGGAAGACCCAGCGCUCAGAACCCGCCACGGAGAGGUCCCCUGAGCCAGAACGGCUCCUUCGGCCCGUCGCCCGUGAGUGGGGGCGAGUGCUCCCCUCCGCUGAGAGACCCGCCCGCCAGACCGCUGUCUGCUACGCUCAGUCGGAGAGACGUGCCCCGAGGUGAAUUUGAUCCAGGGUCCGGGGCAGCUGCCAUGGUGAACAGCAGCCCAAGAAGUGCUUCCCCUGCCAGGGGGAUGGAUGAGGGCAAGCACACUGUUCCCCAAGAGUCGGAAGGCUCCAGCAUUACGCCUUCGGCUGAACAUCCAGUAGCAGUGAACAUGGCUGCAGAAGGGCCCCCUCCUUUCCCGGGGGCGCCCCUCAUGAGCCCCCCCAUGGGAGGCCCUGUGCCACCACCCAUUCGAUACGGACCGCCACCUCAACUCUGCGGGCCUUUUGGGCCUCGGCCCUUUCCUCCACCGUUUGGUCCUGGCAUGCGGCCGCCUCUAGGCCUAAGAGAGUACGCACCGGGCGUUCCGCCUGGAAAACGGGAUGUGCCCUUCGACCCCCGCGGGUUUGUGCCAGGACACCCUCACUUCAGGCCGGCAACCUCUCCUGGCCCUCGAGAGUACUUCAUCCCUGGCCCCCGACCACCACCACCCCCAACCCACGGCCCCCAGGAUUAUCCUCCACCUGCUGCAAGAGACUUACUGCCUUCUGGCUCCAGGGAAGAACCCCCACCCGCCGCGCAGGGCAGUGGCCAGGACACCUCCCAGGCCUUGAAACAGAGCCCGUAGCCCACCCCCCGACUUCCGGUCUGAGAGCAGGUGGACUGCACUAUUCAUUACAGUCUUCAGAAUCCAAAAAUUUAAAUAAAGCUAGUUUUUAGAAUUAAGCUGCCCUGGCAGUCUGCAUUUUUGAGCCAAACAAUUAAAAAAUGUCCCCCCCAAAUAAAAAUCAAUCACCCUGUAAGCUACAGCCCCCCCUUCCAACUUUGAAAUGUGCAAUAAAUACCUGUGUUUUAGUUAAUGUAGUGUAUGUAACUGUUAAAUGAUUUAGUCUGUCUUGGAAAAUACGAACAUUUCCUGUGGAAAUGCUAUAAGAACACGUAUUUCCAUUUAUUACCGUUUUUAGUGUGUGCCAGCCGAAUGCAGAGCAACUGUGUUUAUAAGCCUGAUUUUUUAAAGUGUCUGUCUGGUCGCAAGGACUGUUACACUGAAAAUGUUUACUAAGAGAUCACUGAACUUUAUCUCCCCCCCCACCACCCCGCUGAAGUUCUUUGUAGUAAAAGUUCAUUAAAAUUUGGUUAUCAAUGUUU